ACGCUAUUUCUGUUUGGCUUUUUCCCAAGUGUUGAUGUUCCCAUCUCCAAAAUUCGUGGCGGCAAUUCCUAAUUACCAGUGAUAAUCGACAAACUCGGCAGAAUGCCGGCGUUUCUCAAGCACAUCGAGGUCGAGAACUUCAAGUCCUACAAGGGUAAACUGAUAAUCGGCCCCCUGAAGUCCUUCACAGCAGUGGUGGGGCCAAAUGGAUCAGGUAAAUCCAACUUCAUGGACGCCAUCUCCUUCGUGAUGGGUGAGAAGACGAGCAGCCUCCGGGUGAAGCGUUUCAGUGAGUUGAUUCAUGGUGCAUCAAUUGGCAAGCCAGUGUCCCGAAGUGCCUCGGUCACAGCUGUUUUUGAGCUCGAGGAUGGCACGGAGAAGUCCUUCAUGAGAUCAGUCCAGGGAUCAUCAUCGGAGCACAGGAUAAACGGUUCGAUGGUGACAUCACAGGUGUAUCUGACUGAGCUGGAGCAUCUGGGGAUAAACGUCAAAGCGAAGAACUUUCUGGUGUUCCAGGGGGCUGUGGAGUCGAUAGCUAUGAAAAAUCCUAAGGAACGAACAGCCCUCUUCGAGGAGAUCUCCAACUCUGGAGCACUGAAGUCAGAGUACGAACGUCUGAGAACAGAAAUGCUUCGGGCUGAGGAGGAGACACAGUUCUCGUACCAGAAGAAGAAGGGUUUUGCUGCUGAAAGAAAAGAGGCUAAACUGGAGAAAGAAGAGGCUGAGAAGUAUCAGAGACUGAAGGAGGAGUACGUGGAGAAACAGGUUGAGCUCCAGUUGUUUCGUCUUUACCACAACGAGAGGGAGAUCGAGAAUUUGGAGAACAGCCACAAGAAGAAGCAGCACGAGGUGGAGAAGAUUGAGAAGAAGAAGGAGAAGGCUGAGGAGACGCUGAAGGAGAGGAAGAAAGAGGCCGGUAAAUUUGUACGAGAACUUGCUAAGAUCGAGCAGGACAUUCGUGAAGUGGAGGUUGAGAUCACGAAGAAGAGGCCGACAUUCAUCAAGGCUAAGGAACGUGUUGCACAUAUGCUGAAGAAGGUGGAAUCCGCCAGGAAGUCACUGGCUCAAGCCAGAACUGCUGACGAGGCGCAUAAAAAGGAUAUUAAUGAACUCCAGGAGGAGCUGCGUCAGGUGGAGGAAGCCAAAGCAGCUUAUGAAGCCAGCAUUGCUGGACAGUCCCAGUCGCAGGGACGAGAUGUUCAGCUCGAGGAUGAACAGGUGAAGGAGUACAAUCGUCUCAAAGAAGAAGCCGGUCGGCAGUCGGCUCGGUACCUCCAGAUGUUGGAUUCGAUAAAUCGAGAGCAGAAAUCAGAUCAAGAUCGUCUGGACAACGAGAGUCGUAAAAAAACUGAUAUUGAGAAUAAAUUGAAGCAGAAGGGACACAUGAGAGAUGAAGCAUUGAAACGUGUGGAGAAAUUGGAGGAGCACAUUAGGACAUCUGAAGCUGCUCUUGAAGAUCAGAAGAAAUUGCGUCAGGAACUGCAGUCGGACGUGGGCAGCUCCAAAGACAGAAUUCAGAAUCUUCAGAGGGAACUGGAGAGGAUCUCUGAACAGCUGGGGGAUGCCAAGGUCGAUAAGCACGAGGUGUCUCGUACGAAAAAGAAAACUGAGAUUGUCGAGAACUUCAAGAGACUCUUUCCAGGGGUUUACGAUCGUAUGUACAACAUGUGCGAGCCCAUUCACAAGCGUUACAACGUCGCCAUCACGAAGGUUCUGGGAAAGUAUAUGGAGGCCAUCGUCGUGGACACUGAGAAGACCGCGAGGCAGUGCAUCCAGUACUUGAAGGAGCAGUACCUGGAGCCAGAGACAUUUCUUCCACUGGACUACAUUCAGGCGAAACCCCUGAAGGAACGUCUCAGGAACAUUCAGGAGCCCAAGGGGGUGAAGCUGCUUUAUGAUGUCCUUCACUUCUCCCCGAAGGACAUCGAGCGGGCUGUCCUCUUCGCCACGAACAACGCACUUGUCUGCGAGACCCCAGAGGACGCCAACAAGGUCGCUUAUGAAAUGGACAAAAAGGCCAGAUUCGAUUGCGUUGCUCUGGAUGGCACCUUCUACCAGAAAGCUGGAAUUAUCUCCGGAGGUUCUCUGGAUCUCGCCAAAAAGGCGAAACGUUGGGACGAGAAACAGAUGGCACAGCUCAAGUCCCAGAAAGAGAAGCUCACCGAGGAGUUGAGGGACUCCUUGAAGAAAUCCAGGAAGGAAUCAGAACUCAAUACAAUCGAGUCCCAGAUCCGGGGGCUGGAGACCAGGUUGAAGUACAAUAAGAGUGAUUUGACAGCCACGAAGAAGCAGAUUAAGGAACUGGAGAAUGAACUCGAGGCUUUGCAGACUGAACUCGAUAAGUUCGUUCCUACCAUCGCAGCUAUUGAGAAGACAAUGGCAGAACGCGAUCAGGAGAUUCAGAAUAUCAAGGAGAAGAUGAAUAAUGUUGAGGAUGAUGUUUUUGCCAGCUUCUGCGAGCAAAUUGGGGUGACUAAUAUUCGGCAGUAUGAGGAGAGGGAACUUCGGUCGCAGCAGGAACGGGCUAAGAAGAGGAUGGAAUUUGAAAAUCAGUGCAACAGGAUUUAUAAUCAACUGGAUUUCGAGAAACAGAGGGAUACGGAGAGCAAUGUUCUCAGAUGGGAAAGAGCCGUCCAGGAUGCUGAGGACAAGCUUGAGUCUGCGAAGCAGACCGAGACGAAUCAAAAAGCGGAGAUUGAGAAUGACGAGACCCAGAUGGAAGAGCUGAAGUCCCUGAGGACAACCAAGAAAAUGGAGGUGGAUCAGAAGGAGGAGGAAAUCGGUAAAUGCAGGCGUGAGGUUGGUGCUGUAGCCAAGGACAUUCAGGCUGCUCAAAAGCAGUUGAACAGUAUCGAAGGUAAAAUCGAGCAGAGGAAGGCAGAGCGACACAACAUCCUGAUGCAGUGCAAAAUCGAAGACAUUGCAAUUCCCAUGAUUCGAGGUAACAUGGAGGACAUUGCUGGUGAUGCUAAUAAUGAUACUAACGGUGACUCCGUCCUCCUGGCCACCAAUAAUACUCAGCAGUUCGAGAGAGAGGCGAGAAUCACCAUCGAUUACUCAUCGUUACCAGACAGUCUCAAGGACAUCGAGGAUGAUGAAGUGAAGAAGGCAACUGACAAGCUGAACAAGGCCAUUCAGGAGAUGCAGAAUAGCAUUCAGAAGAUCCAAGCACCCAACAUGAAGGCCAUUCAGAAAUUGUAUCUGGCGAAGGAGAAACUCCAGGAGACGAACGAGGAGUUCGAGCAGUCCAGGAAGAAAGCCAAGAAGGCGAAGACAAUGUUUGAGAAAGUGAAGAAGGAGAGACACGAUAAAUUUAUGGCAUGUUUUGAACACGUUGCCAAUGAAAUUGAUCCCAUCUACAAGAGCCUCGCCAAGAAUCAGUCUGCCCAGGCCUUCCUGGGGCCUGAAAAUCCUGAGGAACCUUAUCUCGAUGGAAUUAAUUACAAUUGCGUUGCUCCAGGCAAACGAUUUCAACCCAUGUCCAAUCUUUCUGGUGGUGAGAAGACUGUCGCUGCUCUGGCUCUGCUCUUUGCCAUUCACAGCUUUCAACCUGCUCCUUUCUUCGUUCUGGAUGAGAUAGAUGCGGCUCUUGAUAAUACUAAUAUCGGAAAAGUCGCGAGCUACAUCAGGGACAAGACCAGCUCACUCCAGACAAUUGUCAUAUCGUUGAAGGAGGAGUUCUACUGUCAUGCUGAUGCACUCAUUGGCAUCUGCCCGGAGGUCGGUGUGUGCUUGGAGAGCAAGGUUCUCACACUCGAUCUGACGACUUAUCCUGCUAGCAUUAACUGAGAUGCUUCGAUAUUUAUUCUUCGUUUUUUUUUAUCGCGUGGGGAUCCCGAGGGGACGAGGCCGGUGGGUGGAUCUUCAUUUUUAUUUUAGGUUUUAGAGAUUAUUGGACAUGUUUACGACUUUUUUUCGGGGAAUCGUGGUUUUGCAGGAGAUUUUUGAUGGGUUGAAUAGAAACGUCGAGUUAUAAAUAAUAAAUACGAUUUUUUUUUCAUUAUUUUCAGAAAUAAUUGAACAUUAAGUAGUUGUAGCCAAUGAAAAAAUACGUUUGGCUAAAAUUUCUUGAUUUUUUAUUUUUUUUUAAUGAAAAAAGAGGUAUUUAAUGUUGUGUAUUGAGGUUUUCUAUUUCAUCGAUCUUUUCAAUUCAAAAAAUCGUGCAACAAUCCAAUUUUUUCAAUGAGGAGGGGUGAAAGUGCGUAAAUGUUUCUUCAGAAGAUACAUGAUGUAAAUAAAUAUAUUCGUAUAAAAAACA